ACUGACAGCUGAGGCAGUUUCACAGGCAUAAUCUCGGAAUUAUUUUUCUGUUCGGUUAAACACAGUGUUGUCGAACAAGCCGUCGACGUCGACUCGUUUAGCUAUCCCUUGCAGAUGAGCUGUUUUUGAGCAGCAAUACGCAGUGGAGGGAAACGGAGCCGCGGAUCCAGCUGUCUUCAGAUCUUGUUUAUUUCCAGAGCGGCUGUCAACGUGCCCUUCGCCCCGCUCUAUCUACAGUACCGUCUACUGCCAUCUAUCUAUCUACUGCGCCAUCGAACGUUUUGCUUGUCAGUUACUUUGACCGAUGCGUUUCUGACUUAAAACUUUAAGUCAUGAAAUAUUGUUUAGUGUUUUGACGCACACGAUAAUAGAGUAGUGCAGUUAGUUGCUCACGAGGAUUGACUUUUUCAAGCCAUUAAAGGUGAGAACGGUCUUCGAAGUUACUUUUGCGUUGAAGUUCUAUGCACGCACUUGAUCGAUCUUGUCCUCGGCUUUCGGUGGCUCCGACGCUUCCUCGGCGUUUGGUUGACUGCUGCUUAGCACAACCUUCUUGGGCCAAGGAGCUAGAUGUUUCGCUACUAGCUAUUUAGCUUUCCAACGUAGUGUCGGAAGUUGCCUUUUAUCUACAUACACAUCGUCUUUAACUAUUAAGUUUGUUGACUUAGUGCAUUUAGUCUAGUUUUAGUUCAGUGAGGUUUUAGAUAGUCUAGCGUUCUUUUGCUAACGACGUUAGAGCUAGCUACGUGAGCAAGUUUUGCACAACUUGCAUCAGCACGUCAGUGUCUUGCUAUAUAUAAAACACUUUCAUAGUGACCUGCUUGUAAUUUUUUCUAACGUGUUAGCGGUGUAAUUUAUAACUUUGUUCAGAGAGACACGUCGAAGAGCAAGGUUGUGUUUUCAGUGUUUCCGACUGUAGAGUUUGCUUCUAGAGGGGCGUUUACUGCUGUCAAGCUAGUUAGCCGCCCUCCUAUCCAGCUAUGCCAUGCCCAUGGUUUUAAACUGCACUGUAGUUGGCUAGCUUGGUCAUUAUGUAACAUUAAUGAUCUACGAUUCCAUAGACCAAAAACAGAAACUUGUAUCUUUCUGCUUGUGGAUUUGUUGCGUGCGAGGAUAUACUACAUUGCGAACAGUUUUAUUUUAUUUUUACAAUUAAGCGGUGGGCGUUAAAACUUUAAUAUAUUCUGACAGGGGGAUUGGAAAAUCGUUAUAAGUCUUGACAGAUAGCUCUAUUUUCUGGCAGAAGAAAAAAUAAGGCCACACACAAAAUUCCAUCCAACUUUCAGACGAACGGGAGAUGACCUCGCGUACAGUACUUGGAACCCACGUUUUUUAAAUCAGAAUCUAGACAUGGAUCAGGGUGGACCGAAACGGAGAAACACCCACGACGACAGCUCGCCGUUCGAGGAGAGGCCCGGCGAGGAGAGGGAAGCGGCGGGGGCCGCCCCCGCGCCCGCCACCUCGGCCUCCGCCGUGCACCUGCCGGCCUGCAGGGCCCAGAGCCAGGGCCCCGGCCGUGGGGAGGCCCUGAACGGACUGGAGGGAAGCAAAGCCCAGAGGGAAGUCUCGUCUCUAGGGGCGGCUCCUCUGGGAAUGCAGAAACAGCAACAGCAGCAGCAACAGCAGCAGCAGCAGCAACAGCAGCAACCGCAGAAACAGCAACAGCAACAGCAGCAGCAGCAGCAGCAACAGCAGGACUUGGGUCUGUAUUCAGAGGAAUUUUCCCUCCUGGAGGAGAGCAUCGCGAGUUUGAACCGGUCGCCCGCCACCUUGGGGAACUCGAGGAUGGGAUUUCACCCACUCGACCCAUUCCACAUCAAAACCGAAGACUUCUCCUCGAUGGACAAGGACCGUCUGGACGCCUGCUCGUCUUUCGGGGGCCAGAAGGACUCGUACGGUGGCGACCGCCUCAGCGCCAACAACACGCUGGACAUCCUGAGGGACCUCGACCUGCCCGGUUCUCUCUCGGACCUCAACGAGUUCUACGGGGACAACGAGGCCGCGUUCCUCUCCACCCUGUCGGUGGACGACUCCCUGCUGGACGCCAAGCCCCCGGGCGGCGUCGGCUCCGGGGGGAGCUGCGGCAAGGGGGACGGGGUGGACCGGCGGGGCCAGGCCGUCAUCAAGACGGAGAAAGACACGGACGACUCCCUCCUCCAGCUGUGCACGCCGGGCGUGAUCAAGCAGGAGACCCAGGACAACCGGAGCUACUGCCAGGUCUCUGGCAUGGACCUGGCCGGGCCUUCGGGUGCCCUGGGCCUGCUGGGGGGCGGCGGCUCCUUGGGGGGGCCCGGCUACGGUUACGGGGCCAACCCGGGCUCGGCCGCUCUGGGCUUGCAGCAGCCCGACCAGAAGCCUCUCUUUGGCCUGUACCCCCCUCUGUCGUCCGUGGGCAACGGCUGCAGUCGAGGGAAUGGAUAUGGGGACAGCGUGGGGAUGCAGAGGGAGACCGAGGGGGCGUCGGCCUCAGCCGUGUUCCCCGUCAGCUACGGCAGCCCGUCAUCCAGAACGUCCGAGGCCAUCGCUUCCACGUCUUCGUCCUCGGCCAAGCCCGGAGGCCCGGCCCACAAGAUCUGCCUGGUGUGCUCCGACGAGGCCUCGGGGUGCCACUACGGGGUCCUCACCUGCGGCAGCUGCAAAGUCUUCUUCAAGAGGGCUGUGGAAGGUUGGAGAGCAAGGCAAAACACAGAUGGACAGCACAACUACCUGUGUGCCGGCAGGAACGACUGCAUCAUCGACAAGAUCCGCCGGAAGAACUGCCCGGCCUGCCGCUUUCGCAAGUGUCUGCAGGCCGGCAUGAACCUGGAAGCAAGGAAAAACAAGAAGAUGAUCAAGCUGAAGGGCCAACAGCCCAGCGUGGAGUCCGCUUCGCCCGGCCCCGUGGAACAGGCCUGCGCCCUGAUCCCCAAGUCCAUGCCGCAGCUGGUGCCCACCAUGUUGUCCCUGCUCAAGGCCAUCGAGCCGGAGGUCAUCUACUCGGGCUACGACAGCACGGUGCCCGACACGUCCACGCGCCUCAUGACCACGUUGAACCGGCUGGGCGGGCAGCAGGUCAUCUCGGCCGUCAAGUGGGCCAAGUCCCUGCCAGGUUUCCGGAACCUUCACCUGGAUGACCAGAUGACCCUGCUGCAGUGCUCCUGGCUGUUCCUCAUGUCCUUCAGUCUGGGCUGGCGGUCUUACGAGCAGUGUAACGGAGGAAUGCUCUGCUUCGCCCCCGACCUGGUCAUCAACGAGGAGCGAAUGAAGCUUCCCUUCAUGACGGACCAGUGCGUGCAGAUGCUGAAGAUCUCAGAGGAGUUUGUGAAGCUGCAGGUGUCGUACGACGAGUACCUCUGCAUGAAAGUCCUGCUCCUGCUCAGCACAGUGCCGAAGGACGGGAUGAAAAGCCAGGCCAUAUUCGACGAGAUCCGGAUGACGUACAUCAAGGAGCUGGGCAAGGCCAUCGUGAAGAGGGAGGAGAACUCCAGCCAGAACUGGCAGAGAUUCUACCAGCUCACCAAGCUACUGGACUCCAUGCAAGAGAUGGUGGGAGGCCUGCUUCAAAUCUGCUUCUACACGUUUGUCAACAAGUCGCUGAGCGUGGAGUUUCCCGAGAUGCUGGCGGAGAUCAUCAGCAACCAGUUACCAAAAUUCAAGGACGGCAGUGUCAAGCCACUGCUGUUCCAUCAGAAAUGACUGCCUUAACCGAUGACACCCUGCCUUAAAGAGAGAGGCCCUGGUCUGAGCCCUCUGCCUCCCUGAUGCCCAGGACCCCAGCAGCCAUCAGCCAGCCAGACCCAUGCUCUUCACCUCCUCUCUCAACCAUCCAGCCCCACCUCUCUCAGCCAGCCAGCCCCAGACCCACCUCUCUCAGCCCCAGCCCCAGACCCACCUCUCUCAACCAGCCAGCCCCAGCCCCACCUCUCUCAGCCAGCCAGCCCCAGACCCACCUCUCUCAGCCAGCCAGCCCCAGCCCCACCUCUCUCAGCCAGCCCCAAAACUCAGCACCACUUCAGCCAUCCAACAGCCCCAGCGCCUGUACCACCUUUCAUCAGCCAGCCCAGAACCCAGCACCACGUUCUCUACCUGAACAGAUCAAUAGACUGACAGACGUUACUGGAUCUGAUUCCCAGGGGACUCAACCAGAGAGAGGGAAAGGAAAAUGAGAAACGGGGAGUGUGGAAAUGACACUUGGGAGACUCGCAAACAAACAAAAAAGACCCUUCUAGAAUCAAGAGUUGCCACCACACUCUGUUUGAACUGUGAAUCACUUAAAAACACAACUAUUGUGAAAUGGGACUAUUCAGACAACCCCCCAAAAAAGAGAAAAGAAAGGAAUAUUUUCUAUUGAUUUUAUGCAUGCACACCCCAAUACACACACACACACAGCGGAAUUGUUUACACAAGAAUUAUGACAAAAGGGAAAACUUGUGCCUUUUUUAAGCUUUGCAGGCUGUCAAUAGCCUAUUGUCUCAAAACUGUCAAAAGCGAAUAUUUUGCAUAGGAAUCUAAAAACCUUUGUACUCUGGUAUUGGAUGUUCAUUUUAUUUAAUUUUUUCUUCCACCGGCAGUUUGUGUUGUGCUUUUUGUCAAAGCAGUCAUGUUUGAGCUGUAAACUUGGCAGCUCACCUAUACUCAACGCAGCAGUCAACAGCUCUCCUACGGUACAA